AUGCCAUCAUCUUCGAAUACUGGAGUAUCGGACACUUUGGAUCCUAUAGCGAUCGUGUCAGACAAUGAGAUUCUGUCAGAGAGUGAGGUAUACACGUCAGACACUACUAGCACGGAUGAGGAUGACUUCCAGCCGUUUGCUCUUCCUAAUUUUGGAGAUGAUAUUCCUAUUGCUGAUGGCCCUCUCGAUGGGGACAUACCUCUUCUUCAGGUCCCUGCUCCUCUACCGCUUAUCGCAGUUCCUCUCGAGGAUCUGCCUCAUGAUGAGUUCGCUGAUGAUGACAUCGAUUUGUUCCUAGAGGGUCCCCCGGAGGGUGACAAGGAUGGUGUGGCCCUCAUGGAUGCCGAUGUCCCUUUUGCUGAUGAUCCUGUUGUCGACCCUGUUGUUCCCUUGGCUGAGAUUCCUGCUGAUGUGCCCAUUGCUGACCCUGUUGCUCCAGUCGAGGCUCCCAUUGAGGAGGCUCCUUUUGAUCCGUUUGGUCCUUACUCCUUUGAGUCUGUAGCGUCCGCUUCACUGCACGCCCAGGGCGUACAGCUCUAUUCCUCUGAUUCCGACUCAGACAUGGCGAUGUCUGUUGCGCCCCUCGUUCCCCUCGACGUUGACCCAGAGCCAGAGGUUGAGUUUUUACCGGAUGAGCCUGCUCCUGUUGGUCCGGAGCCGGUCGUUGCUUAUGACCCCAUUGAGGCCCCAGCUGUUGCACAUAUGCCAGACCCUUUACCUGAGCCUGGUCAUGUCAAUAUGCCAGACAUAGCACCACCCGUCAUUGUUGCGCCCGUCGAUUUGCCACUGGUUUCUGAUGUUCCCGUUAUUGAUGCACCCAUUAUUGCACCGGUAGUACCUGUUUCAGCCCCUGUGCAUGUUGACCAUGCACCGUUUGCCUCUCAUAUUGAUCCUCGUUAUGCUGACACCCGUAACGGGUGGAUCGAGGAUGAUGACUACCCACCGUUUGUGCUACCCGUCACUCCUCCUGUAGCACCUGUUUCCGCACCUUUUGAGAUUCCACUGUUCCACCCACACACCUCUAACGUCCAUCGCACUGAUCUUCCCAUCACAUUCCUCCAGGACAUUCUGCCACCUCGUCCUGGGGAGGGUUCAUCGAGGCAGCCGCCUAUUUUUGCUCCACCUGUAUCGUCAUCAGUUCCGUUCAUGUCCCAGUUCCCUCACACUGCACCAUCUUUCGUACCUUCGGGCGAGCCGUUUCUGUGGGCUUCGCCCAAUGUUAUGUCGUUAUCAGACCCGUACCACCCUUAUCAUGUGGGGUACACGACAGAGGACAUACUCAUCUCUCUACAGCUACAGCAGGACGCACUGAGUCGUCGCAUUCAGGAGUUAGAGAGACCUCCACAUCCUCCGUGCCACUAUCAGACUCCUUUUGCCGCACCGCACACUCCCCUUCCGCUUCCCCCUGAUUCGGAUGUUCGUUUCCUUACAUCUGAGCAGCAUAUUGCCUAUUUGUUGCGCGUCAUUCAUGCGCUAGAGGAGGAUUGGGUGCACAUGCGCCGGUUGCUUUUCUCUCAUCUUCCUCCUCCUCCUCCUCCUCCGCCAUCAGCAUAG